AUGUCCUCUACAGUCACCUCCUCAGGAACAGACUCGGGCUCGGACCACUCGCUCUCCUCAUCAGCCUCGUCGUCGUCGUCGUCGUCGUCGUCGUCAUCGUCAUCGUCGCCAUUGGCGCCAUCGGCCUCAUUGUCGUCGUCGUCGGGUGCGGCCAAGGCGGCGACGCUGCUGCAUGCCUCGCGCUCACUCGCCGAGCAUGAGUUUAUCUCGUCGUCGUCGGCGUCGGCCGAAGACCUUGCCGACGCCCGCAAGCGCAAGCCGCGGACGCGGUCGGGCUCGUUGGUGCUGGCCUCGCCGCGGCGGGCACGUCGGACGCCGCGGUCGACGGGUCGCCGUGGCUCGGCGGCCGAGUUGUUGCGGACAAAGGCGCGGAAGCGGCGGAGCACCAGCGGCGUGGCCGGCUCGCGCUCGCGCACGCGCUCGCGCUCACACUCAAAGUCGACGGCCAGUAGGGCCGGAAAGACCGUGGCUGAGUACUCGGCCGACGACGGCAACGUUGUCCGCUACGCUGUUGUCCAGCUCUCAUCGGGUUCUGACUCGUGCGAUCUCGACGAGUACGACGCCGUCGCCGCCACCCGCUUUGGUAGCUUGUCCAACUUCAAGGGCGUAACCCGAUCAGCGCCGCGCCUCAACCGAUAAGCGCCACACUCUGUCCCACUCUACACCGACCACAUCGACGAGUCGUUGUACGCGGAUUGUGUCGAGUCGGAGCGCUUGCCACCGCGCAAUGCGCGCCGUCGCGAGCGGACCCGCCCAACCCGAACACGCUCGCCGGUGGCGUUGCGGUGGACUCGCGGGUGGCGGACGCCGUCGAUGCCUUUUGCGUACGUCGGGACAAGCCAGGUCCACGGAUCAGCGCCCAUCACCGAUGCUAGGUUGCUUCGCCAGUCGAGCCGGUACCGCGAGCCCGAGCGCGACGACUCGAAUGACUCGAGCGUUGUCUGGUUGCGCACGAGCAGCGUGAGAUGCAUGCCGGCAAAGGCAAGGAGGGCAAGGCCAAAGACAGCAGCCACAAACAGGAGGGCCACCGCCGACGCGCCAAGCUCAAACACGUUGGCGCCCAGCACCCGCGCCCUUCUCACCGCGCCGCGCGCCGCCUGCGUCUUGACAUCGGUGAGCAAGCCACCGGGCGCAGCAGAGGCUGCGCGCGCGCUUUCCGCAGCUAGCGGCGCGACCUCGUCGACAGGAGCGCGUGUUGCAACGCCAAAGACAGCCACGGCGCAUAGGCCCGCGGCGAGGACGCAGGCCAGCGCGAUGUAGAUGAGAAAAAGAAGAAGGUUUUGUGGUUGCC